UAUAAAUGGCAGCACUGCUUUCAUGGCAGCAUAAGUGCAAAAGUGAAGCGCAUCAAAUUUCUGUACGGACAGCCAUUUCAAAACAAAAACAUCCGAAAGAAAAUUAGUUUGGUUAGCUCUUAAGUAAUAAAAAGUGGAAGUUUUUCUAAGAAUUAAAGUUUGAUUUACUUAAAACCCCCACGCACAAAAUGCGGAUGAUGCGGUUUUCGCGCGGCCGGCCUGAUUACCGUGGAAGAGGUUCAUACGGUCGAUUCAGAGGCGGUCGUCGUGGAUUUGGUCGAUAUAUGCACGAUAGGCGCUAUGAUUUCGAAUAUAACCGUCGAGGAUGGCAUUCGGCAAGGUACGAGCCUCCACAUAAUCGGUUCCAUCCUGUGUACGACUCACACGAGGAUAAUCGAUACCAAUAUCAUUCACCAUCGUACCGUUACGAGCGCGACCACUAUUCGGAACGUCGGUAUAGGUCUUCCAGUGAGAUCAAAUCGAUAAGUUCAUCAAUGGAAAAGGAUAUCUCUUCACCGCGAAAUUCGCGGGGAAGGGCCCGUAAACGGUCGGAAUCGCGCGACUCCGACUCUGAUACCCGAGAUCGCAGCUCCAGCACGGCACUAAGUAAUAUUAGUUCUGGAAGUAGCUUAUUUGAGAGAGUGGAUGAUAGUGAUGCGUAUGUUAGUCCCGAUUAUGAUGAACUAUCCAGUCAGAGUACUGAAGAGAAAGAUGACAAGAAAAAGCAUAGUAAACGUAAGAAACGGAAGAAGGAAAAAAAGAAGCGAGAAAAGGAACGUCGACAACGAAAAAAGGACAAGAAACGCAAGAAAGAAAUUUUGGAAGGACGGAUCUGUCCGCCGGAUAAUGAUGUGAACCAAUCAAAGGACAUUUUCUCUUCUGGAAAAAAUAUUCUCGUCAGCGUCAGUUUUGGCGAGGGAGAACAGGAUAACGAAAGGGAACCCGAGAGAGCUCAUAAGCGAUCGAAGAAAAAGAAAUCCAGCCGGAAAAAAUCGAAAUCGGAACUAAAGUUAAAGGUAGAACAGUUGUCAUCUGAGCAUCCAUCUACAAGCCAACGUAAGAAACGUAAACUUGAUGAAAACAUAAAACCUGUGGCUAUCAUUGAUCUCGAACGAUCUCCAGGCAAGCAGGUCAUAUCCAGCCCCAGGGAAGUUAUUGUGCUUAGCGAUGAGGAAAUAAAUAGUAAGAAAAAGACAAAAAAUGUUGCCGAUUUGGUCGGUCCAAACACACCGCCAGAGCCGGCGCCCAAAUCGCCCGAAUCGUAUAAUCCGUUUGAUCCAACCAAAUCUUCCACUCAAUCACCCACUUCAGGAAACAAUCUGGGCAGCAUAUCAACAGUGAGCUAUCCAGAACAUCAUCGUCAUCAUCGACUCCGUUCGGGUCAUCAUCUACACCAGCGGCAAACAAAAGAAGCGCGAUUGUCGAUCUCGCAAACAUCGGACGAUCUCAACAGUGCAACCAGGGAGCAUUACGAUGAUGGCAUCUUAGACUUGCAUCCGUCAUCUCCAAUGGAUCAUUUAUCGCCCCGGGCACAAUAUCUCAGGCUAACUCCUCACAAAGGUUAUCGACCUUCGCCGAAUAAGAAGUCAGGCCAUCAAAUGGCAAACGCUACGAUAACCUCUGGUGCAAUGGCAUUGGAAGGGACAACCAUCCUACCAUUCGGAGAAGACAUGGACGAUGGUGAUAUUUCGCCCUAUUCACCACGAUCUAGCGACUGUGAUGAUCACAUGUUUGACCCGCCGGUGGAGGGUGCUGGUGGACACUCGGCCAACGGCAGCAACUAUUAUCAGCCAAAAACCAUUGCUCUAACGGUGGACAAUCUGCGGAGGGUGUUUGGUGAUGACAAAAAUACGCUGUACGGCGACCUGAGAAGGCCCAACGAGGCGGUUGCGUUGGUCGAUGAAAUGUACAAACCUCAAAAAGUUACGAUGGAAAUGUUGGACGACAUGCCGAGCUCUGCCGUUGAUUUGCAGAUUAAAGAGAAGCUCAUUGCGAAAUUGCAACGCCAGGAUCGGAUAAUCGAGGAAGUGAAGCACUUCCUCAAGCCACAUUUUAACAAGAAGCGCCUCAACAAAGACGAAUACAAGGACAUCAUGAAGAAGUCCGUUCCCAAGAUCUGUCACAGUCGCUCAGGCGAAAUAAACCCCGUGAAAAUCCAGAACCUGAUCACGGCGUAUGUGAAGAAAGCGAUCGCGAAAAGGCGCCUCGCAACAUCCAGCGGGAAUGCGAUCGUGUCUUCUACAACAGCGGUUACGUGAUCGUAGUAAAUUUUUCCGAGCUUCCCAGCCGGAACGGUUACUAUUUGAAUGCGUGUAUGUUCCCCGCUCGAAAUUCGCUGAAGGUUUCGUUCAGUCUUGCGCGACUGCAUUUAAGUUCGGCGCGGUACGGUACGAUGCCAUCGGACAAACCGAUUCAAGUGCUUCUGUUUGUGGAUUCGCGUGUUGAAAAUAUGGUCAUGUAAUUUAUAUGAAGGCAGUGCCGGUGGGGGAAGUUUGGCCCCAAUUAGAAGUGUGAUGGUGGUUGGUUAAAUUGAAUUGUAUAUGAAACUAGUUCUAUAAUAUGUUUUAGAACGUACUGAAAAGGAAAAGUAUCCAUGAAUCAAUGUGCAAAACUUAAAAAGAAGAAUACGAGAUUGGAGUAAUAGGGAAGACUGCAAUUUGUGCGAGUUAUUAAUAUAGUUUAAGAUAAAAUCAAUCGUCAGCAGAAAAGCGUAAGUUAUAAUUUAUAUAUUUUAUAUUUAAAUUUCUAAUCCGUACAGUUGAAGUUACUCCGAUUAUGCACUAUUUCUAAAUUACAAAUUUAACUGAUUUAUUGUUUUACAACACAUGAUGUUAAGAAGUAAUUUUUGAGGUUCCCAGUACGAAUUGUAUUAUCUGCAUACUACAACUAUUGCCAAAAUAGUUGGUUUAAAUUCAACAAAAACUAGAAUAGCACUAACUUGGUAGUGAAAUCAUAGAUGGCGUUAAAUAAGUGGAAAAUAAUCAACAAUUUUAAUCAGUCAACCAAUAAAAAGUUACACACGAGGUGUACUAUAGUGUGAAUUAAAACAAAAA